AUGACCUUUGAUCACUUUCCGUCGAUUUGCUCAGUGGACGCUUUGGCCAGUAUGAAUAGUGGUAUCGUUAAAGUUCUUGUUAGCUAUUAUAGAAAGGACGAGGAAGCUCCGCUCGAGCGUCACCGAAGUCGAGUACCCAUUGACUUUGCUAUACAAUUCUCUGUGACACAAUUAAAACAGCAUUUAGACGAAUUUCUUGGCCUCAAGGAGCAGGCAACAACGCACGGUCUUGUGAAUUUUCACUUAAAGCUCUACCGGCUUUCAAAAGUGCCAGGAAAGAUCGAAAACUACGCCGUUAAUAGUGAUAGUUUGUGGGCUUUAGAACUGCCGAUUCUUUUGGGUGAGGAAACAAACGAAUUAAACGGCAUAUGCUCCAUAGAGAAAUCAUUAAUUGUAACGGAUGUGAAUGCUGGAAUAGUUAAAUUGGUGACUGGGUUAUCUGGAACUGUGGCUUUCCUCAAAGUGCUUGGUCUGCUUUACGACAGUUUUGAUAUUCACUUGAGAGGUUCCUCCAUCGAGUCGGUUUCCCUUCAUAAUGCACUGGAAAAUGUAAAGAAAGUCGAAACCUUCAUGCUCAAAACAGUGAGUGACGUGAAAGAACGCCACGGCCUAAAAGAAAAGUCAGCCACAAAYGGUCCACAGGGCACGAUAUCUUUUCAGACUCAAACCUCAAUAACUCUUCUSACAAAGGGAAUAGAAAGACUUGUCCGUAAUAUAGAYAAUAUCAAUAAGAACUUUGCUGAAGAUAUAGAGCUGGAAACACUUUUGCCUACGCAAGUAGAAAACUUACAUGCAGUAUCUCACUUCAAGCAURAAACUUUUAGCGUUUUAGAAUACGCACAAGAUUUAGGAACCAUCGUGAAGGAGUCCCUUAAACGAACAACCAAUUUGCUGCUAAGUACUUCACUCACGAGAGGUMGUAUUAUCCAGUGCCAGAGACAGCCAUACYCYUUACAGCCGCAAAGGUAA